GAUGGUGAUUGUUUUGAAUCGUCAAAGAAUUUUAAUAUUCUGUCCAAUAAAAGUUAUAAGCUUUGACUUGUCUGAAGUAAGACUCAUUCAGAGACUAAUUGCUGUCUGCAUUCACACACUGACACACAGCACUAAUCAACGAGGCCCUUUUCAUGGGCUUAUGUGUUCGUAUCUCCACCACACGAUCUUCCCUCGCAAAAAUUGGAUGCUGUUCAUAAGCAUAAUUACUCUCGAGUUAAAAUCAAUUACAGAUUAAAUUUGGUUUAAUGGAUGAUUUGGUUAAUUUGCAAGUACCGAUUAAUUUAGGUCUAUCUAUCUAAUCAUCAGCGAAACAGAUGACCUCUUCCCUCGUGAAAACUUAGGCAAAUUCUUCGUCUUCUCGGGCAUGUUAAUUUAGGGUUUCUGUUGUGCUCCUUUGAUAAUGAUACCCAUCCUAAGAGCACAUUGCUUCCCCAUUGUAAAGGUGCGGUUUUUCAAUUCGUCAGUAAUUGGGUUUUUGAGUUUUGAGUAAUAGAUGCCAAAAUCUAAGCUUUCGGUGUUGGAUUAGAGUUGCUCAUCGACACUGAUAUGGCUUUGGUCCGCGAGUUGUUUGGAAUUCUGGGUUCUUCGUCUGCUAUCCAUCAUCGUGCCAAAUCUGUUUCAAUUCUAAUCCGAAGAUUCUCGCUUUGCUCAACGAAGAAAGACCCCGAUCUCGAAUCAGCCCUCUCGCGUAACAAAAGAUGGAUAGUUAACAGUCGGCUCAAGAACAUCAUCUUAAGGUGUCCCAAUCAGGUCGCACCGGUUAAGUUUCUACAGAAGAAGUUUAAGACCCUUGAUCUUCAGGGGAAGGCCAUGAACUGGCUUAAGAAGUAUCCAUGUUGUUUCGAUGUUUAUCUCGAGGAAGAUGAGUAUUACUGUCGUUUGACAAAACCCAUGAUGACUCUUGUGGAAGAAGAAGAGUUGGUCAAAGAUUCACAAGAGCCUGUCUUCGCAGAUAGGCUUGCGAAGCUGCUUAUGAUGAGUGUUAAUCAGCGGCUCAAUGUCGUGAAGCUUAACGAGUUGAAGCGGAGCUUUGGGUUCACUGAUGAUUAUGUUAUCAGGAUACUACCAAAGUACUCAGAUUUGUUUCGGUUAGUGAAUUACAGUGGCAGGAAGAGCUCAAUGGAGAUCGAGCUUUUGUCUUGGAAGCCUGAGCUGGCUGUUUCUGCAGUGGAAGCUGCAGCGAGUGAACGUGGCUCUGAGCCUAGCUUCACUUGCUCUCUGCCCACCACAUGGACCAACCCGUGGGAGAGGUUCAUUGAGUUUAACGCCUCUCCUUACAUAUCUCCAUAUCAAGAUCCUGGGGAUCUUGUCGAGGGUUCAAAGGAGAGUGAGAAGAGAAGCGUUGGUCUGGUGCACGAGUUACUCUCGUUGACUCUGUGGAAGAAGCUAUCAGUCGUAAAGCUGAAUCAUUUCAAGAGGGAGUUUGGGUUGCCAGAGAAGCUAAAUGGUAUGCUUCUGAAACAUCCAUGCAUAUUCUACGUAUCAAACAAGUAUCAGGUUCACACUGUGGUCCUUAGGGAAGGCUACAAUGGCUCAGAAUUGAUUCACAAGGACCCGCUUGUUGUUGUCAAGGAUAAAUUUGGGGAAUUGAUGCAGCAGGGCUUGUAUGAGUACAAUCACAGGCGGUAUUUGGCUAACUUAGAGAAGAAGAGAGAGAAAGGUAUUGAAUCUGUGAAGCCUAUGGUGCGAAAGAAAGACAGGAUUCAGGAUGGAGAUGAUGUUGAUGAACAAGAGAACCUUGGGGGUCGACCAGGUGGUAUGUUUGAUCCAGAAGAGAGAAAAAGGUUCUAUCAGAUUCUUUUCAGUGACACCUAAUAGGAGCAUUCUAGUAAAGUUGAAACAGUAUGCGCUGAGAAUUGCUAAAUAUCUGUAACUCUUGGGACAGAGAGCUUGUUUAUGAUUUACGAGCAUACUGUGCUCUCCAUAGCUUACAGCAAAAGCUGUCUCAGAGAUGGCAGGAUAUAUAGAGCAAGUUUUGCCAAAAGAUCAGUUCUCCAUUGAAGAAAUCCAUGAUAGGAUGUUGUUUAGUAGUGGUCACAUAUGCGGCCUGAUUGUUCCCUGGGGCUGGGAAUGCAAGUUCAAGAUGGAGUCUGAUUCAGCCUUGGAACAGCAAAAAUGCUUUCAUUUAGAGAUGAUGAAUCAAGAUUCAAGAGGGAAGAGUAGGCCGAGCCUAUGGCCUAUAAAAGAGAAACAUUGGCCUACGGGCCCAAUGUUAUAAAAAGGCCUACCUGCCCAUUAUUUAAAUAAAUUUUUGAAGAGUCCAUCUCAUUUAUUGCUAACUUUUAAAGUUUUAGUA